UUUCUAUGGACCCCACUUUCUUCUCCCUCACAACAAUUUCCACCCAUGAAUUCUCCUCACUUCACUCUCACAAAAUCUUCUAACAUUAAACCCAGAAAAAGGAAAAAAAGUAUAAAAUAACGUAACUUUUUUUUUUUCAAUUAAAUACUACUAUAUAGUUAAAAAAAAUUCCUUUAUUUUAAGUUUUUAACCCCUUUGUUUUGAAUUUAAUUUUUGUUUUUUUCCUUUUGCUGUAUGUUUGUAUGUACCUUCCAAAAGAAAAACCAUUGUACCAAAACAAGAGAAAUCUUGAAGAAGAAGCGAAGUUUUUUCCGUCAAGAUUCUGGGUUUUGUUUUUAAGGAGGAUAUGGAGAGAUGGAGAUGUUGUGUGAGUAAGAACAACAAGAAGAACAAAAACGACAGUAAUAGUUGCAGUUUUGGAGUCUUCUUCUUCAGUUUUCAUUACAUAUAUUGUCGCAAAGUUGCGUGGUGUUUCAGUUUCAUAUUGUUUUGGGUUUGUUCUCUAUGUGUUUGAUGAAAUGUCUCAGAAAAGAACACAAGAUGAUUCUUCUAUUUCUUUUAGUAAACCCAACAACUUAGAGGGUAAUCAUAGCCCUGAUGAUAAGCGUCGCAAAAGUAUUCCUUCUUUUAGAAGUGUGGUUCUGGAGGUGAUGAGACAAAAUAGCUUCCAGAAUGCAUUGGAGCCUAUGCUUCGUCGAGUUGUUAAAGAAGAGGUAGAAUCAGCAAUAAAGAAGCAUAUAAUGACUUUGAAGCGGAGUUCUAUGGAAGAUGUGUUUCCUUGUGAAUCAAGAAACCUGCAACUGAAAUUCUUGAGCACUCUCUCUCUUCCAGUGUUUACUGGAACUCGAAUUGAAGGGGAAGAUGGUUCUGCGAUUAAAGUGGCUCUAACAGAUGCUGCUACUAAAGAAGUUGUCCUGGAUGCUCCUGAGUCUUCUGCAAGAUUAGAAAUAGUAGUUCUUGAAGGAGACUUUGAUGGUGAUGAGGGCGAAAAUUGGGCAAUAGAAGAAUUUAAAAAUAACAUUGUGAGGGAAAGGGAAGGGAAAAAACCUCUUCUUACAGGAGAUGUACAUCUAUUUCUUAAAGAGGGUGCUGGUUCUGUUGGUGAAAUUUCAUUUACAGAUAACUCAAGCUGGACAAGGAGCCGUAGAUUCAGACUUGGGGCAAGAGUUGUUGGAAACUCUGAUGGAGCUAGAAUUAGAGAAGCAAAGACAGAAUCCUUUAUUGUCAGGGACCAUCGUGGAGAGUUGUACAAGAAACACCAUCCCCCAUCUCUAUCCGAUGAAGUUUGGCGAUUGGAAAAAAUUGGAAAAGAUGGAGCAUUCCACAAACGAUUGAGCAUAGAACGGGUGAGGACAGUGAAAGACUUUCUGAUUUUGCUCCAUCUGGAUCCUGCACGGCUCAGGAAUAUUCUGGGCUCUGGUAUGUCUGCCAAGAUGUGGGAAGUGACCAUAGAACAUGCUCGAACAUGUGUACUUGACCAAAAAGUAUACCUGUAUUAUUCACCAGUGUCUCAGCAUAGCAAUGGUGUGGUCUUCAAUGUCGUGGGACAAAUAACGGGCCUUUACUCGGAGACUCAGUACAUUCCUGUUGAUAAGAUGUCUGAAAGUGACAAGCUUGAUGCACAAAGAAUGGCUACUGAAGCUUUUCAGCACUGGGAUGGAGUGAUCUCUUUUGAAGAUAUGAACUCCCUCAUUAGCAUGUCCUCACAGACAGCAGACUCAGGCUCUCUAAGUACAGAGACUUCAGAUGCAAGCAAAGUUUUGACUUCUCAAAGGACAAACAGAUUAGAUUACGCACAACCAAGCACAACAUCUCCCGAUAGUUUCUCUCCUCUCUAUUCAUUGGGAUGCUUGAGCAAUCCGGAUGAGUUUCCUUUACAGGCUAUAGACGCCUUAGACCUCAGAUAUGACCAUUCCCUGUUUUCCCCCUCUAACUCGAUGACACAUGUUUUCCAUGAAGACGACCAUCUAGCAUUCAUGGACAUUGACUAUUCCUCUUUCCAAUCUUCAAACUUGAAUUUGGGAUCUCAAGCUGAUUUACAGACUGCAUACAAUGGCUUCUUAAGACCACAUUCUUCAUCAAAUGCUGUCAGAGGACCAGGUCAGAGAAGAUGGAGGGUCCUUUCGAGUAUUCUGAGAUGGUUUCAGGUAAGGAGGCUGGUGAGGAGACCUUCCUGCCCACCGAUUCAAAGAUAUUAUUAGCUUAUAUUAGUUGGAGAUUUGCAAAUAUUAGAGCUAGAAGUUAUGUUGCCUUCAACCAGGACUUUGUGUGCUUCUAUGAUGUCGUGGCAAGAGGUACGAGGUCUUGUUGGUUGUAUAUAUCACCUGUAUAUUUAGGCAACUCUUGAAGGCUACUUUUGGUAUAGGAAUACCAAGUCAUCGAGUAAUGGUGUAUCCUAUGUGUCGCUUGAUGAUUGGCUGGGCUGGGACUGUGAACGAAAUGGCGGUCUUGGUUCUUUUUUCCAACUUUAGGGGGAUUGGUUAUGUAAAUAUUGAAGCCCUGUUCUGAGAAAGUAGGUGUUAAGAUUAGGUGCUACGAAUGUUACAAAUGAUUGAAGCCAAAAUCUUUUCAGCUUAUACUUUGUAUAGAAGCAUUUCUGUGAACAAUAGAGCCCGCUAAACUUUACGUUUAAGUUCGAGGCUCACAAUCUGAUGAGAAGAUAAUAAUUGUUGCAUUACUAGUGAUCUAAUGAGUUAGUUCAGUUUUUGCAUGUAGUAUUUCUAUAACAUUUCUUUAUGAAUUUGUUGUUUUGGCA